AAAAACGUGCCAACGGAUAACAAAAUCGAACCCAUAGAUCGGAAGCACGGUAGAAAGAAAGAAUAGGAUGCGGCCUGCGGCUCUCUUGCUACGCCGCUUCCUUUGCUGCUGUGCCAAUGGAGCUCCCCCUGCGAUCAACCAGAAGAAUAAUCUCGUCUUCUUGGGUUCCCCUCAGGUAUCGGCAUCUGUUCUUGAAAAGUUGAUCGAUGCAUCGAAAGCUCCCAACUCUAUUUCCAGUAAUUUGGUUUAGCUUGCAGCAAUUGUUACCCAGCCGCCUUCUGGAAGAGAUAGGGGCAGAAAGCUGAUGCCGUCCCCAGUUGCACAAUAUGCCCUGGAUAGUGGAUUCCCUCAAGAUCUCAUAUUCACACCUGAACGAGCUGGGAGGAAACCUUUUUAAGUGAUGCUGAGGGCACUGAAUCCAGAUCUUUGUGUUACAGCGGCAUAUGGGAAUAUAUUGCCUCAAAGUUUCUUGAGAUUCACCAAGUGUGGAACUGUUAAUAUUCACCCAAGUUUUCUGCCUCUGUACCGUGGAGCUGCUCCUGUUCAAAGAGCAUUGCAGGAUGGUGUUUCGGAAACAGGAGUAUCGAUUGCAUAUACUGUUCGUGCAUUGGAUGCUGGACCAGUCAUUGCUUAUGAAAAAGUGGAAGUUGAUGAUUAUAUCAAGGCACCAGAGUUGCUCGCAGUGUUAUUUAAUAUAGGAUCAGAACUUCUGAUUCGUGAACUUCCAUCUAUUCUUGACGGGUCUGCAAAACUAAAAGCUCAGCCACAGGAUGACUCAAAAGCAACUCUGGCACCUAAGCUAACUUCAGAGGAAUCAUGGGUUUCAUUUGACCAAGAUGCUAAACUAAUACACAACAAGGUAAGAGCAUUGGCAGGUUGGCCAGGAACUCGAGCCAGGGUUCAAGUCAUUGACACCAAUGGUCAACCGAACGUGCUAGAGAUGAAGUUAAUUACAACAAGAGUUUGUAAUGCUUGUGACAAAGAGGCUGAAGGAAAUGAGAUACUUUUCUCCAGCGGUAAAUUGCUGAUUCCAUGUGCUGGACCAUCUUGGCUUGAGGUCCUGGAGCUUCAGCUUCCAGGGAAAAAGGUGAUGAGUGCUCGUGAUUUUUGGAAUGGCUUGCGGGGUCAAAAGUUGAUGAAGUUAUCUUUGGAGUAAAUUUAAUGUUUUGGCAAAAAAUAGAAGUGUUGUCGGGUCAAACGUCUCCUUUUCGUAGUUGUUGAACUGUGAAUACCAAGUUUGAUAAGGCCAGUGAAUCCUCCAGGUUGGUGAGUGUUUGUCAAACUGUUUGAAUGUUCAAUCCAUGUAGUCUCCUGCCUUCAUGGUGCUAUCAAAGUACACAACAUUGGAGGAAAACCAGGUACCGCAAUUUCUAUAUUAAUAUUAAUCUUCUUGGUAGAUGAAGUUGCUUUCGAGUUAUUUUUAUUUUUUUAUAAGAAAUACAAUGGGAAAUGUACCACUGAACAUUGAACCAAAAACCUCUCCCCAGCGCAUGCUGAGCGGCGAGCAGUUAGGGCAGGCAACCAGCAGAGUGGAGUCUACUUGGUAGAUUUUUUUCAAGUGUUCGAACUUUGAGAAGAACUAGAUGGGAAAAUAAAUUUCAGGAUUGCAAAGUUACUAUAAGCUUUGAAUCAACUUAUACUGUGGUUCUGAAAGGUGGAAUAGGCUUCAUGGGUUAGAUGUUUGUUUGCCCAAUGAUACAAGAAAUUCUUAUCAAAUAUUCAGUUUAAACUAACUUCCUAUAAACAUUUAAUCACCUUAUUUAUGAUAUUAAAAAAGAGGAUUCCACAAGAAAGAAAAAAAUAAAGAAAUAAACAUAAACAGGUUUUAGAUAAGCUGGUUGGCACUCGUGUUGAGAGUUCAGGGUUCACAAUUGGAUGGUGGAUGACACUCCCAUCAUCAUAUCUCUCAAAAAGAAGUGGAAAAAAGAAAAACUAAGAACAACUUCUGUAUUAAUUUACGUGGUUCUGCUUGAAAGUCUCCAUGCACAAAUCCCUGCAUCGCCGCGAAAAAAGAAAACGAGAUGGCUGGAAACACUUCGGCAGGAGGUGCAAAUCCUACGCAACUCUGGUUGUACUGCAUGUCCAAGCCUGGAAAAACUCUGGAUUUUUUUUCAGUGGAUAAGGUGGCCCAGGUCCUGGGCCUGGAGUUCGAAUUUCGGGUCAGAAAUUGAUGUCUUCCAAAGUAACGUGACUGGACUUCAUGCAUGAGCUUCGGUAAGGUCACUCGAGCAAGCAGCCUGGAAACAGGGGAGGGUGCACACCAAGAAGACAAAGCUCAAGGUGGCGAUUCAUGGCUACAAACAAGCGGGAUGUCGCUUUUGUUUCCAGGAGAUGCAAUCUCACAAAUCCUUUGUUCCUUCUCGAUUAUAAUAUGAUGAUUAAAUGUGAACAGUGACAUAAACCUAUCACUCACCAACAUUUUGUUGGUUCUCGCUGGCAUCCGAUUUCUUGUUCUCGAGUCUCACCGCUAUUUGGUGGUUGGAGGUGGCUCCGGAGACUGCCCCGGCAAUCCGGCAUGCACCGUGUGGAUGCAGCCAAAUCAUGGCAUUAAUUUCUAUAGAUUUUAUUCAUCAAGCAUGCAUCUUAAUGUAUUACUAUAAAGAUCAGCGGCUGUAAUUAGUUGCGUAUAUGAUCGUGCUGGUGCACCCAGUGUAGGCAAUAAUAGU